AUGAAGAAAGUGGAUAUUUUUUCAAAUGGAUAUUACAGAAACAAUAGAAUUCUUAUGACUUUGAUUGGAUUAUGGCCGGAAUCGUCGAUGUCGGAGAAAAUUUGUGUACGGAUUAGUGUGUUGGUGUUGAUGAUCUCCAUAAUGAUACCUCAGUAUGCCUUUCUGUUCAGGAAAUGUAAUAAUCUGGAUGAUAUGGUAUUCGGAAUAAUAGCACAAAUAGCCAUAGCAGUAGGAUUUGCCAAAUAUUAUUUUGUGGUAACGAAUAUGGAACGGGUCGGGAGGGCUCUUGACCAAAUUCGAGAAGAUUGGCAUAUUCUCGAGAAUUCACCAGCGAUUACAACUGCCCACACCUAUGCGGCAAGAGGAAGUUUUGGAACCAAAUUUUAUAUGCUGACUGUUUUUUGUUCAGCCUCAUUCUUUUCCAUUACUCCAUUGAAGCAAGUGAUUUUGGAUAGGCUAUCACCUCUUAAUGAAUCGAGGCCGAAAAUUUUCAUGCUAGAUGCGGACUAUUCCAUCUAUGGGAUUGACGCGAAUAAGCUAUAUUACUCUACUCUAUUACACUCCUAUUUUACUAGUAUGAUCGUGAUGAAUAUGAUAGUGUCGGUCGACACAUUUGUUCUGAUAAUUGUGGAACAUUGUUGUGGAUUGUUUAAAACUGUAGGGAUUCUGUUGAAAGGAAUGGAAUUGCAUGACUCUUCGGAUGGCCAGUGUCAAAUAAUUGAGAAUGCCGUAGUCAUACAUCACCGAGCUAUUUUAUUGGCAGAAUUUAUUGAAUCUUCCUUCACUAUGAUGUACGGUUUCGUCGUCUUAGUUAGCAUGAUAUUAAUCAGCAUCACAGGACUUGAAUCAAUCAUAAAAAUCGACGACGUAGCUGAGGUGAUAAGAUUCGGAGCAUUUUCUGCUGGUCAGCUGGUCCACCUGCUAUUCAUGAGUUUGCCAGGCCAAGAAUUACUCGAUCAUAGCAGUCAAGUAUCCGAAGAAGUUUACGGCUGUAAUUGGUCCAGCAUAUCAGCGACUGGUAGGAGAUUGAUAUCCAUUAUGCUGAUGCGAAGUAUGAAACCACUAGGAAUGACAGCUGGCGGAUUCUAUGCCCUACAUUUGGAAAAUUAUGGAAAUGUAUUGAGAACAUCGUUUUCAUAUUUCACAGUGAUGUUGUCAAAUCGAUAA